AUGUUAGAGAACUACAGACCUGUAUCUCUCCUUCCCUUCAUUGUCAAGACUCUUGAACUUGUAUUUUUUGACCAGCUCUCCUCCUUCUGCACACAAAAUCACCUCCCGGACAGCAACCAGUCUGGUUUCAAGAGUGGUCACUCUCCCGAAACUGCACUGCUCUCAGUCAUUGAAGCCCUAAGGCAGGCAAGGGCGGCCUCCAAAUCAUUUGUACUGAUCCUACUGGAUCUAUCUGCCGCUUUUGACACUGUCAAUCCCCACAUCCUCCUGUUGACCCUGAAGGCUAUGGGUGUCUCUGGUACAGCGCAACUGUGGUUCAGGUCUUACCUCUCAGCUCGUCUGCCCGUUCCUGAUAUUAGCAGAGACUCUACACAAAACUCUUCAUCAGUCUCAAAAUGUGUGGUGUUGUGUUCAGUGUUUAAUGUGAGAGAUGUGAGUCUGUCCUGGUAUAAAGGAAACAGUUUAUUGUCCAUCAUCAGUGUGUCUGAUCUCAACAUCAGACUCUCUCUAUCUCUGGAGGUUGAAUAUCAGGAUACAAACACAUACAGAUGUGUACUCAACAAUACCAUCACAAACCAAACUCAACAUCUCAACAUCACUCAACUCUGUCAGCCGUGUUCAGCUCUCACCUUCAUUCUGCUCCGUUGUGUUUUUGUUGGAUGUCUGAUGAUUGUAGCGUCAGUUCUAAUCUUCUGGAUCUAUAGGAAACGCAGAAACACACAGCAACAGGUUCAAACCAGAGAAGAGGAAAUCACUUAUGCAAAUAUUCUAUUAAAGAGCAGCAAAUAAACCGGUGAGAUCAUUUAUUACUGUUUAUAGGAUUACCUGAAAUAUGA